UUCCGGCUAACAAUCCAACAUGGCAGCCGAGGGAGACGUUGAUUUGGACCUGGAAGCCGAGGAAAACUGCACCGGGAAACCGGUGGAAAAGCCUCGGAAACAUGACAGCGGAGCCGCGGAUUUGGAGCGAGUCACGGACUACGCGGAGGAAAAAGAAAUCUCCAGUUCGGACCUGGAAACGGCGAUGUCUGUGAUCGGCGACAGAAGAUCCAGAGAACAGAAAGCCAAACAGGAAAGAGAAAAAGAGCUGGCUAAAGUCACCAUCAAGAAAGAGGAUGUCGAGUUGAUUAUGUCAGAGAUGGAGAUCUCGCGGUCGAUGGCGGAGCGCAGCCUGAGGGAACACAUGGGGAACGUGGUGGAAGCUCUGGUGACUCUGACCAACUGAACACAUUCUCACACUGGAC